AUGAUUGGCAAGUACGUUCCACCUGGUAGGCGUCAGCCAUCCCACAAAGACUCUCGCAAAUCGGAAGAAAACAGAGACCUCUACUCGGCCCAAGAGAUCAAGGACCACUUCGACCCCGCACCACCCAAUGGCAGCGAGACCCCUCAUCGAGCGUCCAAUGUCAGCGGAAGCUUGCAGGAUUCCGCAGCAACUCCCGGAAAGUUAGCAUGGGUCUGCCUUUUCAAUGACAGCAACGGUCCCGCCAACCCUCGCUGGGACAGUGACAAGAUCAUCUUCUGCAAGAGGAGUCUGCGUCUCUUGCCAGGCUAUGUGGAGUCUAGGAAGGCCUCAGACACAGGAGCAAAUGAGACGACAGAUACAGUACAAACAACAAAGAACGCAGAUUCAGAAACGACAGAGUCAGCGGAGCCAGUACCGACAGCAGAAAUUGUAGAGAAGACAGAGACAGCAAAACCAGUGGCUUCACUCCCAGAAGCAGAAAGCCACCAAUACCAGCCAGAUCAGGUCCCUAUUGCAAUCUUCAAACAGAUCCCUCGCACUGGCAAAUCUGAUCGCGUCUUCAGCUUCAUUGGCUAUCACACGAUCUCGCACCUCGAAUUUCUCGAGCCGCGCAGUGAUGCACUCGUCCGCAUGCUCGAUCAGAAAUGGUCCUACAUAGACAAAUAUGGUCAAGUCCAGCAAAAGGAGCGCACCAUAGAAUCCUGGAACGAGGCACUGUGUAAGAAAUGGGCUGUUGUGAAGUUCAAAGAGUUGGAUGAGACGAAGUUCCCGCCGCCGCGCAUCGAGAGACUGCCAGAUCCGGAGCCCAAGAGAGCAUCCAAAAAGAGUGUCAAUGAGAUGUUGGCGGAGCUGAGGAUGAGCGGCGAGGCCAAGAAAGAGGCUGAAGAGGAGGGAACAUGA